AUGGAGCAGGGCUGGCCCCGGGGUGACAGCUGCAGCAGGGAGCGGCCCAGGGGCGCCUGUGGCCGCACCCUCAGCGUCUCCGACUCGCUGGACCUGCAGGGCUCCUCCGCCAGCUGGGCCAUCCAGGCUGCCCUCUGUGCGGCGAGGGAGCAGCCCCCCCGGCCCAAGAGCUACUGCUCUGCCCAUUCUGGGGCACCUUCCGGCGCCCGAAGCCUUCUCCUGAGCCUUCUCCGCCCGCGCACGGGCCGUCACCAAAGCCAGUCCGACGGGGUCCCCGCUGGGGCCAGCCCCGAGCCCCCCGAACCGUCCGCCUCUCCCAGCCCCGAGCCCCCCAGGAGGAGCCGGGCCCUGGGAGAGAAGCAGCUUCGGCCCCGGCCCACCAGCAUGACGUUUCUGGAGGUGAAUCGCCUGGAGCUUUCGGGAGCUGAUGGGACCGGUGGCGGCCUGGGCCGGGCUGGGAGCUCGGGCUUUCUGAGAGGUGGCUCGCUCUGGAGCAGCCAGCGCUGGCAGGUGUUUCGGGGGAGCAGCGGGCGGAGCACCGAGUCCCCCCGAAAGGGCUUCUCAGCCUUGAGGAAAAGUUUCAGCUUCCGCCUUCGUCGGGGCCAGGAGAUUCGGCGUUCUGAGUCAGGACUGCUACCCCGGGCCCGGGUUCGAACCAAAAGCGACGGCGAUGCCAGUUCCUUACAUGCCUUCCCUAGUCGCAGGGACCUGCUGUACCCCGAGGGCAGGCAGGUGGCCCCAGACUCCACCCGACCCAGUACGGGUGCCAGCCUCUGGAAACUCCUCACCAGCCGCUUCCGUCGGAGAGAAUCUGGGUCAUCGGGAACGUCGCUGCCCCGAGAGCCCCUGUGGAGUCGGAGGGCUGCCACAGCCCCAGUCCUCCUGGGGGUCCAGAGCUCCCCACGGGCAUCGGACUCAUUUGUCAACAGCCAGGAAUGGACCCUGAGCCGAUCCGUCCCCGAACUUAAAGUGGGCAUUGUGGGGAACCUGUCUAGCGGGAAGUCAGCUCUGGUGCAUCGAUAUUUGACGGGGACCUACGUCCAGGAGGAGUCCCCAGAGGGGGGCCGAUUUAAGAAGGAGAUAGUAGUGGAUGGUCAGAGUUACCUGCUGCUGAUACGAGAUGAAGGAGGCCCCCCUGAGCUUCAGUUUGCUGCCUGGGUGGAUGCUGUGGUGUUUGUGUUCAGCCUGGAGGACGAGAUCAGCUUCCAGACGGUGUACAACUAUUUCCUUCGGCUCUGCAGCUACCGUAGUGCCAGCGAGGUGCCCAUGGUCCUGGUGGGCACUCAGGAUGCUAUCAGUGCCGCUAACCCCCGGGUAAUCGAUGACAGCCGGGCUCGCAAACUUUCCACAGACCUGAAGCGAUGCACCUACUAUGAGACGUGUGCGACCUACGGCCUCAAUGUGGAGCGCGUCUUCCAGGAUGUGGCGCAGAAGGUGGUGGCCUUGCGGAAGAAGCAGCAGUUAGCCAUUGGGCCCUGCAAGUCACUACCCAACUCACCCAGCCACUCGGCCGUGUCCGCCGCCUCCAUCCCAGCCGUGCACAUCAACCAGGCCACGAAUGGCGGCAGCAGCGCGUUCAGCGACUACUCAUCCUCCGUCCCCUCCACCCCCAGCAUCAGCCAGCGGGAGCUGCGCAUCGAGACCAUCGCUGCCUCCUCCACCCCCACACCCAUCCGCAAGCAGUCCAAGCGACGAUCCAACAUCUUCACGUCUCGAAAGGGUGCUGACCUGGAUCGGGACAAGAAAGCACUGGAGUGUAAAGUGGACAGUAUUGGCAGUGGGCGAGCCAUCCCUAUUAAACAGGGGAUCCUGCUGAAGCGAAGUGGCAAGUCCCUGAACAAGGAGUGGAAGAAGAAGUACGUGACUCUCUGUGACAACGGGCUGCUCACCUACCACCCCAGCUUGCACGAUUACAUGCAGAAUAUCCAUGGCAAAGAAAUUGACCUGCUGAGGACAACAGUCAAAGUACCAGGGAAGCGGCUACCUCGGGCCACACCUGUCACGGCCUCAACUGGUGCCAGCCCCCGUGCCAAUGGACUGGUCCUGGAGAGAAGCAACACACAGCUUGGGGGGAGUACAGGUGCUCCCCACUCAGCCAGCAGCACAUCCCUUCACUCGGACCGGUCCCUGAGCAGCUCAGCCUUGGCGGGCCCCCGGCCCGAUGGGCUCCAUCAGCGCUCAUGCUCUGUGUCUAGUGCUGACCAGUGGAGCGAAGCAACUGCCCUGCCCCCGGGCAUUCAGCAUCCUGCCAGUGGCCCCUCUGACGUGCUCAGCUCCAGCCCCAAGCUGGAGCCCCCUCCAUCUCCCCACGCCAAUCGUAAGAAGCACCGUCGGAAAAAGAGUACAGGAACCCCUCGACCAGAUGGCCCCACUAGCACAGCUGAAGACGCAGAAGAGUCAUAUGAGUUCAUGGUCGUGUCACUUACGGGGCAGACAUGGCACUUUGAGGCCUCUACGGCAGAAGAGCGGGAGCUUUGGGUACAGAGUGUCCAGGCUCAGAUCCUCGCCAGCCUGCAAGGUUGUCGAAGCGCCAAGGACAAGACUCGCCUGGGUAAUCAGAACUCAGCACUGGCGGUGCAAGCCGUCCGAACCGCCCGUGGCAACAGCUUCUGUAUUGACUGCGACUCUCCCAACCCAGACUGGGCCAGCCUGAAUCUGGGUGCCCUGAUGUGCAUAGAGUGCUCAGGAAUCCACCGGCACCUGGGGGCCCACCUGUCUCGAGUGCGGUCUCUUGAUCUGGACGACUGGCCCCCGGAGCUACUGGCAGUGAUGACUGCCAUGGGCAAUGCUUUGGCCAACAGUGUCUGGGAAGGGGCCCUCGAUGGCUAUGCCAAGCCAGGGCCUGAGGCUUGCAGGGAGGAGAAGGAGCACUGGAUCAGGGCCAAGUAUGAACAGAAGCUGUUUCUGGCCCCCCUGCCAAGCUCGGAUGUGCCCCUGGGGCAGCAGCUGCUCCGGGCUGUGGUGGAGGAUGACCUGCGGCUGCUGGUGAUGCUCUUGGCCCAUGGCUCCAAGGAGGAGGUGAAUGAGACCUAUGGGGAUGGGGAUGGUCGCACCGCCUUGCAUCUUUCCAGUGCCAUGGCAAACGUUGUCUUCACACAGCUGCUUAUCUGGUACGGGGUGGAUGUGAGGAGCAGGGACGCCCGGGGCCUGACUCCACUGGCCUACGCCCGCCGAGCUGGCAGCCAGGAGUGUGUGGACAUCCUGCUGCAGCAUGGCUGCCCUGGGGAGGGCGGUGGCCUGACCCCGACCCCUACCAAUGGUUCUAGCGCCUCCACUGAGCUGCACCGGAGCCCCAGCCUCCUGUGAGGCCUGGGGAGGAUUGGGGGGUCCAGGGAGACCCCAGGACCUGGGGCUCACCUCCCUCCCCCUGCAGGAAAGGGGGAGAGAGAUGUAGACAAAGGAAGACACAGAGAGGAAGAAAUAGGGGGUGGAGAGAAUGAGACAAGAACAGAGAAUAAAGGAAGGGAGAGAUUGGGCCGAAACCCAUCCCAGGGCCCCGUACCAUAGGGAAGAGUGGACUGUUCAGCCCAGUGCCCUAGAGGUGCCAUUGACAAGGGACAGGCCCUUUGGAGGCACCUGAAGGGAGGGGAGAGCAGGACCUCUCCCCUUCCCUCGCCUCCUGCCCUUCAACUUCACCCCAAGGCUUCAUCCAAGAAUUGUUCCCAAAACCACGACUGGAUUAGCCUGGAGAUGAGGUGUGGAAAGUGGAUAGGGCCUGGUGCAGAGCCCUGGAUGAAGAACUCGAUGAGAUGGGCAAGGGGAUCCGUGAGCCCCAUGUAAAAUCUGUACAUUGGAAUAUUUAUGUUUGUGUACAUAUGUGUGUGUGACGAGACCAAUAAAUCAGACUGUGUGUGUUUGUCCCCAUUGUGUCUGUCCCCCUUGGCUCCCUCUCUCCUGUGAUGUAUUCAUCUCUGCCUCCCUGUGUAUCCACCUCCCUAUCUUUGGUCCCUCUGUGUGCCAGUUUUCUUGUCCCUUCUGUACCCCUAAUCUCCUCUUCCCCUGGCUUGGAUACUCCUGGUGUCCCUACCCUCAACCUUCCUCCUUGGUUUCAAUUCCUGAGCCUUUUCAAAGCUGUGUGAUGAUCAUGAACACAUCCAUUCUAUUUGGGUCAGGAGCUCCAGUGAGUGUGUUCACAGAGAAGAGGAUAUGGGACUUCUACUUAACUACCUCUUCUGUUGUCUCCACCUCCUUGCUGAAGGGUCUGUCCUACUUGUUUUCUUCCCUUGUUUGGAUGGAGCAUCCCCAUGACACCACUUCAAUCCAGACAUUACCCAUGAAAGCCAACUCAUAGGGAAGAGUGUUUUGAAUCAUUGCAUCAGAAUCCAAGUUCAUAGGAUCAUAGAAUUUAGGUCUGAGAAGGACCUUACCUUUAAUGCAACUCCCUCGUGUUGUGUAUGAGAAAAGUAAGGCCCAGAAAGGUGACUUUCCCAACAUCUCAAGAGAGCAAGAGGCCAAAUAGAGUUUUGAAACCCGAUUUAUGACUCCAGAUACUAUAUUCCAGGAGGAAGGAGUCUCAGAUUUAGGUGGAGUAUGGAGCUUACAGACUAAGGAAAGACAGCCAAAUACAAAUGAUCCCAACCAUAAGAGGGAUCAGAGUUUGAAUGUCACAGUGAUUCCAAGUGUGUGGGACUUGGUGUGGACACUCAGGCAUGGAAGUUUAAGGUUUGUGAGCCUGGUGCCUCAAUCUCCUGGGGAAGUGGGGAUGGACUUGACAGCUACUUGGCUUAGCUCCCAGCCUUAACCAGCAUCCUUCUAAGCUGAGUAUUCCCUGACUAUGGGCAGAGCUCCUGCCCUCGCUUUGUGCCUAUAGGCAGGCCUAGUCAUUGGAGCUGCCGUUCUCCCUCAGUCCUGCCCUCACAUACACCCCAGCCCUGACCUGAACCAAGCUGAGCUCUUGGCUCUCGUGGCUGUCUUCAGAGAAGGGAACCUUGGAGGUGGCCCCCUGUGUCUCCUGGCUUUGAAAGAAGCUGAGAUGCUGGGCCACCCUUUCCACCCUGCCCCAUACAUCUGCUGUGGCUCCAGUUUGUCAACCUACUUCAGCAUGCUUUGCACUGUGGUCGAAGAGGCAAAGCUGGGGAUUGUUUGGCCUUCACUUCUUCCCUUGAAAGGGUGGAGGUGGGGAGGACUCUGGUUUGCUGGUGCCUGCAAGUCUGUAAAUAACCAAAUGAGACUAA